UAGCUCCUCUAAUAAAUAUGGACAAGUUUUUCCGAACCACACCCCAGUAAAACGGAAAUUCUCUACACAGAGAUAGAAAAGCCUCCUUUUGGCUUGCCGACGAGCGACGGAUUUUUUAAAUGUAUUUAUUAGACAGUUGUGUAUACGUUUUAUAUUCCUAUCGCUAAACUAUAAUGUGCCUCACUUUUAUGUUGGGACAUUCUUGUGACGUGAGUCAAUCCUCCUUAAAGACGGCAAAGUAAAGCAACGGACAAUCCAUCAUAAAAUUGGGCGGCUAGUUUUCAUUCCCUGGGAGGAAUUACGGUUCUGGCAUCACGAUGGCGCUCUCUUUGGUUUUUAAUUUCGCGUUAACCACUGUCGAGCCGGCUGGACGGUGGCGCUUGCCAACCCCAGAGAUUAAGUUGGUUGCAGUGUGAGCAAGGGAGCGGUCGCCGUCGCAGUCGCGGUCGACUGCUAAAAAGACAUGGAGGACAUCAUUUUCAUCAGCUCCGGGGAGGAUUCGGACGUCGAAAGCAGGAACGGUUCGGUAAUGCAAAAUGAACAGUCAAGAUAUUCCCCUGUACUGCUGAUUGACCUCACCGACUCGAGAUGGGCAUCUUCACAGAAGCAAUGCAGGAACCAUUAUCGGAAUCCCCCCAAGCGCUUUGUCCCGGACCUGCGUGAGUACAAACCGCGUAGGUUCAUGAUGGAUCCAUGCCCAGCGCAAUCGGCUUUGGAAGAACAAGAAAAGACUCCUAAAUACUUGAUGAGCCUGACCGAGGGCUCAGGUCUGAACUAUCCUUGUCGGGCUACUAAUGUAUCGCUCUCCGCAGAGGACCUGUCAAGGCCGGUCCAUUUCAGCAAGAUCACAGGAUUGUGUCACAACUUUGCCAGUGAAGCGCGGGACGACGGGAAAACUAGAAAUCAGGUCAGCGAUGUCUCAUGGAAAUGUCCGGAGAAGUCGUAUUACUGUCCAGCAUCUCCAAGCACCAUCAGCCAGUGGAGUUCUAGAAGCCCCUCUCUCUUUAGCCUCUCGGAAGGGGAAACUGCUGCUAGGCCUUUAACUUCUGGAGGGCACUCGUCUCACUUUCCCACCGGUCCCUCAGCCCCCCCCUCACCAUCCUGUUGGCACUCGAGCGGCCACAUGCAGGACAUAUACACAGAAACCAAAGUGGAAGCCAAUGAUAGUCAGAUCCCUCAGAUGCAUGAACUGAAGCAGGAAGAUUCAUUGGAAAGUGGCUUUCCGGACUACACGAGUGACCCCUCCCCCGCAGGCUCCUACAGCCCAUAUUACUGCCCCAGCGUGAUUGAUCAAGUUGAAUUCUCUGACAUUUCCAGUCUGUAUGAUGAGCAUCCAGACGAAGUCCACUCACCAUCUCCAGGUUCAGAUCAUCCUCACGCAGAAGGUUUAAGCGGCACUUAUGAAAUCGGGGAUUCGGGGGAUGGCCAACUAGGCAACCUGGGCCCAUCACUGGAGCCUUUCCCUGUGUCCCCAGGGACGGCCCCCCCCAAGAGCAGCCAGGCCAUCGGCUGUUUAUCCCCAGCCUUGGCUGAUGCGCCAGAUGACUUCAGACACACCUCCACUGAUAUAAUAGCUCGUGGCUCCUCUGAUUGGUUAGCUGAUGGUGUAGAACUCCCUGUCGAAAGCUCAUUCAGCUCGCUGAGUCUCCCCAGAACACCUAGCUUUUUCCCAGACCCGGGUGAGGACUGGUCACCCCAUUGCACUGACAGCUGCACACCCAGCAGCAUGCGGGAUGCCUGCAAGGAGGAAAUGGAAGCAAAGACUGAGCGUGAACCAGGUAUAGACUGUCGUUACGUGUCCCCAGCCCGUCUCAAGAGGCUGCGAAACCCAUUGUGGAGGUCAUCCCAGAUCCAGGCUGAUGACCUUCAGCUGUCUGCCCCGUUCAAGGCUAAGAAAGAUGACAAAGGUGAUGAGAAGAAGGGAGAGGAAGAAGGGUGCAGGGAAGCACUGUGUCGGCGGAGCUUGAGCCUGGUGAACACCACCAUCGAGGAAGACUUCCCCGAGGGGACUCUCCAGCUGCUUGCGGACUUCCUACACCCCCGUGUUUGUCCCCCCCCACAAAUAACAAGCCACCUUUUGCGGGGAAUACUCCUCAACUGCCAGUGUCCCAUCGCCCUUGUCUCGGAGGCCUACACCCUUCUCACGAGGACACAAAAGUACCACCCAGCUGAUCGCUCAUCUGUGCCGUGGGACUGGGAGCUGCUCUGCUCUGUCAUGAAUGAGCAGCAGAAGCCUGGUUGGUACAUGUCUCAGCCAGCACCCAAGGAUCCGUCCAAAAGGCACCAAAGUUCCGUCGUGCGCAUGCUCUUGCAGUACGUCCUGCAGACACUCGAGGACGACUUCCACCUCCAGAUGUCCCAGCACAGCUUGUUCUCUUCCAUUGCCAGUGCGACGCUUUCCUGCGACAGGAGGUUCUCCUGCGUCAGGGAUGCAAUUGGUUGGCUGGUCUACGCGGUGAAGAAUUCUACAGGUGACCCACAGAGGAAGUCCAGUGACACUGAGGAGGAGAUGCUGAAGGAACAGGACGAAAACCUCAAGGUAGUGUUCCUCCUUCAGAGGAUGCUGAAUUUGGCCUUGGAGGUGGACCGCUCCCCCACCUGCAGCUCCAACAAGAUCUCCCAGGAGCUGUUCCAGACACUGAUAGGCAUCGUCCCUCUCCGGAAACACAGACUGCUCCUGCUGGAGACGCUGGACAGCAGCCUGCUGAGGUGUAAGGUGCUGGAACUGCUGCUGCAGAACUCCUGCCUGCUCAAGAGCACCACACCUAUGUCUCUAAAGCUCCUGCUGCACUUCUUCCAGAACGCCUUGCCAACCACUGACCCCACGGACGGGGCUAUGAAAUGCUCGAGCUGGAACGAGCUUGUCCAGCUGCUGUGGAUGCUGUUGCUUAGCUACGAGGAGGUGAAGGAGGGUCACCUACGAGUGUCCAUAACCGAGCGAGCAAGAUACACCCGGCCCCCGAUCCAGACUGUGAACGAUCAGAUCACACGGGCCGCAGUGCAGGAGGCAGCCGAGGAUUUCCGCUCACGGCUGUCAGCUGACCUGGGUCCUUCCGUUCCUCCGCAGCUGGAAAAUCUAUUUUCCUCUCUGUUGGGUUACCUGCUGGAUGCAUGUCAGUGAAGAAAUAGUUUUACUCCAGAGAGAACUGUGGCUUUUCCUAUAUUUCCUAAAUUUUGCUUUUUUUUUCUAAGCAAAAUUACCAGUGCUGUCUGUAUCAUGUUAACAUAACAAACUCCAGUUUGUCUGCUGCAUUGUUGCUUUAUAGGUGGAUGGGGGCAAAAAACAGAUGGUGAAGCAAAUAGGGAGGGAGGGGGAGAGGAAGAGAGAGAGAAUUCCUUUUUAAUGUCUUUAUUAAGACAAUGAAUUACCUUUCAUACACCUCAGUCAGCUUAUGGUGGGACACUUUUUUGAUGGGUAAUAUGCCGCAUGGCAUUAUGAGAAGGGGGCGGUGUUCAUUCUUAUCCAAUCCAAUUGCCCCCAUGCACUAUAACAUAGUUUUUAUUUUGCCUUCCAUGACUCAUUUUCGCAGAAAUGAAAGUCAAAAUACAGUGAUGCAGUGGCAGUGCCUAUCUGUUCGUAUUCGUGGAGUAAAAUCCCUCUAGGGGGAGAGAUGAGUAAAUUGUAUCAAUUGUGAAUAAGAUUUCAAAAGCCUCGAUUUGAGGUUAUAAAAAUACCUUUGUAAAUAUCUCUGUAAUUUUUUUUUUGUUUGUUUCAUUUUACUCUGUUUUGUACAUCUGCAGUUUGCUUUCCUAAGUGCACAUACUCACUUUCGAUUUAAAUAAAAGACCUUGCAGAUUUUAAAAACACA